AGGUUCAGACAUGUGCCCACUUUCGGCCGAGGUGUUAUCCGAAGGUUCUCUGAUGAUACAUUGAGUAUGAAGAGGCUGGCUGCAAGAGACUUCGAGGAUAUCCUACAGUGUGCUAUGCCCAUUUUUGAGGGACUCCUGCCAACCCCGCAUGACACAAUAGUGCAGACCCUACUAUUCAGGUUUGCUGAAUGGCACGCUUACGCAAAAUUGCGGCUGCACACCGAAUUAACUCUGGAUUCUAUGUCACAAUCACUUACUUCUCUCACUGAGCAGCUUCGCAAGUUUUGUUGUCAGGUCUGUGAUAACUAUGAUACUACUGAACUUCCGAAGGAAAGGGCUGCAUGGUAUCAACGCGAAGCACUUAAAGAAAACCAGACUACUGACGCACCAUCAUCAUCUCCAAAGAAGAAAUCGUUUAAUAUGAGAACUUAUAAGUUCCACGCUCUUGGAAAUUAUGUUCAGUGUAUCAAAUUAUUUGGAACGACCGAUUCUUUCACGAUGCAAAUAGUAGGCGCCAGUUGGUUAUCAGUUUGA